AUGAGUGGGCAGUUCAGAAAUUUUGUAAGGAUGUCUUCUACUGAUUUUGAAUACUUAAUUAAUUUGAUCGGACCAAAAAUUUCAAAACGAGACACUAAUUUUCGAAAAGCAAUUCCAGUACAGGAGAGGUUGGCCGUCACAUUACGGUUUUUGGCAACUGGUGAAUCAUACCAAAGUUUACAGUACCUUUUUAAAAUUUCAAAACAAAUUAUUGGACAAAUUAUUCCAGAAGUAUGUCAAGCAAUUGUAGAAGAAUUAAAAGAAAAUGUACAGGUACAAAUUUUAUAA